AUGUGUGGCUGCUGCUCUCCUGGUCACAUGACCCUAGCAGGGUCUUUAACCUGUGCUCUGGGGAAGAUCGGCACUGGCAGCCGCGCAGGUUAACGGAGAAGUAGAGAACGCUGGCGGGAGAGUGCGGGUCUGCAGUGAGCGGCUGUGCGUGCGGUGUCUUACCCUCCACCGAGGCGGCGGCGGCCAGCGCUCUGCACCCCGUGUACCCGUCCGCUCAGCUGCCCGCCCAUUCAUUGCUGGGAGACCCUGACUGGGGCAUACCACCCUUCUCCGUGCUCAGUGGCUCCGGCUUCUACCUGCACAAUGCCUGGUGACUUCUCUAUGUGCUUAUGUCUCAGCCCCUCUCCUCCUCACCAUCUGCGGCGCUCUUCAUCUGGAAUACUCAGGCCAUGCCUGGCUCCUACUCCCCGUGCCCCGGAUCUGCAUAAGAAAGGAGUUGUGUUUGCUGAUGCCCUUGGGCUGGCCCUGACCACAGUGCGUCACUUCUCUCGCACGCUCUUUGAUGAAGAUCCUCUGUUGCUCGCCUUGGCCUCACUGCGAGCUUUACGUCCACUCUCCACCUCCACGUACACUCUGGACUUCCGGCCACCAACGCAAGACUAUGCUAGUUUUCGGGCCAAGCUGGCACAGAAACAGGUGUGUCUUGAACAAUGUGCCGUUCAGGGAGCAGCAGUGGCUGGCACGGUCAGAGUACGCAACAUUGGCUUUGAGAAGCGUGUAACUCUCCGGGUGAGCUAUGACGGCUGGCUGAGCUGGUAUGAUCUUCCGUGUACUUAUCUCCGUGACCCUUAUGGUGGAGGGGAGACGGAUACCUUCUCUUUCCGGCUUCCAUUGCCUGAUGAUGCCCAUUGGGCAGAGUUCUGUAUCUGCUUCUGGUGCCAGGGCUUGGAGUACUGGGACAACAAUGGAGGCAAGAACUACGUAUUGCACAAGGAGGUGGCGCGCAGCAGCUAUAUGCAGAGCGCCUACUGGUGACCUGGGCAGUUGGGAACUCUAUACUGUAAAAGUACUGGUCCACUGAAACAUUUCCCAUUAUGGUGCUGUGCAGCCUUCCUUUGUAGAUCAAGGGGUCAUAUGAAAUUUGGGGCAUUUCUUCAGAGAAGUGUAAAAUAGAUAUGAGGUUGCUAGAAUGUAAUGACUGUAAUGAUCUACUUGCUGGGCAUUCAUGCAGUCAUUUUAGGGUUGUAGUUAUGCUUGUGUAGUCACACAAAGCUAUUCAAUGGAGCCUCGAGACUAGGUAAUAUUCACUUGUAAGGUUAUUUCACGUGAUUUGUUCUCUUCACCUAUGUAAACUGUGAGGAUGUGUCUGGUGAGCAGAGAAUCUUUUUGUGGGUUGACUUAAUAUUUACAGGUUACUAGGCAUUAGUGGCCUCACUGAGGCAUGAGGUGCUUUAUACCUCUUGCUUUAGUGAUCACACAAUCUGUAGUGACUGCUGGUGGAGAUCACAAUGUAUGAAUGCACAGUGGGAACCACUGCACUUUAAUGUUUGUGCAGACCACAUAGUGUGACACAAUCACUGAGGUGAGAGGUGUAUGUUGUUCAAGUCCUCGUGUGAAUCCCUUGACACUUCUCUGAGUUAAUUAGAAAGUGGGCAGAAUAUACACUGUUUAAACACUAGACACUUCGGUCUUGUGCAAUGUAAUAUCUUAUGGCCUUUGUAUCACUGGUGGAUGAAACUCUUGUGUCAUGUCAUUUUAUCUCUGGUUUUACUGCAGAUUUAAUAAAAUGUUGUCAAUUUCCA